AUGUUUUCUUGUUUGGGAAAUACAGCAUCCACUUGUUUGCGACCUUCGAAACGAUAUGCCAAUAUGAACAGGGAUGAUGAUGAUGAUGAUGAUGAUUUGGGAGGUGAUCGAGACUUUCUUCUCUGGUGCAGAGAUCUAGAGAGGCAUUCUCACGGACUUGCAAGAGAAAAGGGAGCAAUAUCUGAAGACACUCUUAGGAAUGCCUUCUCUGCAACAGAAAAUGGUUUUCCAAGUCUAGUAAGAAGGGCAACGAGAUUAAACCAUCACUGGCAACAGUUGGUUUGUGUUGUCUGGUCGGAGUUAUCUGGAAGGGGACAUUAUAUGUUGCUAAUCUGGGGACUGGGAGAUACUAGAGCCGUACUAGGUUAUCUUGGCAAAUCGAAUAAAAUUGUUGCCGAGCAGCUGACUUGGGGAUCAUAA